CCAAAACUAUGUUGAAUAGUAGUGGUGAGAGUGGGCACCCUUGUCUUGUUCCUGAUUUCAGGGGAAAUGCUCAGAAACUUCUUUAAAGACUUGGAAAAGAGUUGCCCAGGGGCUCGCGGUAACAUUGAGGCCAGGCCAUUUGUUAAUCCUGGAUCUGAAGCCCACGUGGCAGUGGCUGCUUUUGUUUACUUGCUCAUCCCUGAAGUUACAUAUUUAAAAAACAAAACCAAAAAAACUGCCUUUGUCCUUAACCUAUUUCAUUAUAAGUGAAUAUAAUUUAAUUUUUAAAAAUGGCUGUGUUUAACAACCAGUUGGUUUAAUUCCUGAAAAUCUAACAACUGCUUCUUGCAAGCUAUUGGGACACCCCUACUCCCCCUAUACUCAGUUUUUUAUAUGCUAUUAUGUAUGCUUGGAGUGCUUUUCUCAUCCCCCUUGGAAAAAAAUCUUUUUAUGUUGAAACAAUGAUAGUCUCACGGAAAGUUGAAAAAAUUCAUACUUUGAUAAGCAUUUACCCAGGGAAUUCUCUGAGCUUUGUGCUUUGCAGUCAAGGGAGAGAGGGGACCAGGAAGUACAAGACCAGGGAAGCCCUUGUAGAAGUCGAGUCUGACUGGACCCUGCUAUUCCAGGGCCCAUCCCAGAUGGCAGCCUGGUGCUUACACCUCCCCUAGCACAGUGUGCACCCAGGAGAUGGGCCUGGGGCUGUCCUGUUUGGCUGGGGGUCCUUGACUCCCGGAGCAGCCCCACCUACAGCCAUCCAUGCCUGCCCAAGCACAUCGGAACCUGGUCCACACCCUUCAGCGAUACACACGGCCUGCUCUCCCAAAACUUCCUCUACCUCCUACAGUUCUUCAUGGGAGCUUUCAGUCCAGCAUAGGGAGUGCCUGCAGCCCCACUGUCGCCACCGCCAUGGCCUCGAAGCAGCUCUUCCGCGCGCUCGUGUCAGCGCAGUGGGUGGCCGAGGCGCUCCGGGCCCCACCGGCCGCGCAGCCCCUGCGGCUGCUCGAUGCCUCUUGGUACCUGGCCAAGCUGGGCCGCGACGCGCGCCGCGAGUUCGAGGAGCGCCACAUCCCGGGCGCUGCCUUCUUUGACAUCGACCAGUGCAGCGACCGCACGUCACCCUAUGACCACAUGCUGCCCAGCGCGGCGCAGUUCUCAGAGUAUGUGGGCCGCCUGGGCGUGGGCACCGCCACCCACGUGGUGGUCUACGACGCCAGCGAUCAGGGCCUCUAUGCGGCGCCGCGCGUCUGGUGGAUGUUCCGCGUCUUCGGCCACCGCACCGUAUCUCUGCUUGACGGUGGCCUCCGCAACUGGCUGCGCCAGGGCCUCCCGCUGAGCUCGGGGAAGAGCCGUCCGGAGCCCGCAGAGUUCCACGCGGUGCUGGACCCGGCCUACAUCAAGACGUACGAGGACAUCAAGGAGAACAUUGAAUCCCGGCGCUUCCAGGUGGUGGAUGCCCGCGCCGCCGGCCGCUUCCGGGGCACGGAGCCCGAGCCCCGAGACGGCAUCGAGCCCGGCCACAUCCCUGGCACUAUCAACAUCCCCUUCACAGACUUCCUGACCGAGGACGGCCUGGAGAAGAGCCCUGAGGAGAUCCGCCGCCUCUUUCAGGACAAGAAGGUGGACCUGUCCCUGCCCCUGGUGGCCACGUGCGGCUCUGGCGUCACAGCCUGCCAUGUGGUCCUGGGGGCCUACCUCUGCGGCAAGCCAGAUGUACCCAUCUACGACGGCUCCUGGGUGGAGUGGUAUAUGCGUGCCCAACCCGAGGACAUCAUCUCCGAGGGCCGGGGGAUGACCCACUGAGGUGUGGCGGGACACAGGAAGCUUGGGUGACACCCAGCCACCAGCGGUACCCAGCUCGGUGGUUCCGACUCUGCUCUGACCAGAUAGUGUUUCUUACUCCAACUCAGGUGGUACCUGGGGCGACAUCCCAGAGGCCAGGAACUCUGUGGACCUGUGGGCUCCCAGGGGAGGCAGCAGAGAAGGAGGCAGCGGGCACAUGGGGAGGGGAACUGCCCUUGUGGUGCUGAACUGGAGCCCCACUUCCCUUCUGUUGAAGAAAUUAAACAGUUAAGUGCUAAACCGUUCUGACUGCGGGGCUACCUCAGCUCUCCUUGGCUCCUGGGCUGAUGGCUCCAACAUGCCCAGCUCGGGAGCUCCAUGGAGCCAGAGCGUCUUGAGGAUGGUGUCCCUUCUGCCUUCUGAGCGGUGCUGGGGCCCCAGAGGCCUUCCAGUCCCGAAACCGAGUGUCUUCCUGACAGCUGUCUUCUACUUCUUUUGCUGCGUGAAUGAAUGGAUGUGUUAGGCACUCAGCAGUGUCUGACUCUCUGCAACCUCAUGGACUGUAUAUAGCCUGCCAGGCUCCUCUAUCCAUGGAGUCCCCCAGGCAAGAAUACUGGAGUGGGUAGCCAUUCCCCUCUCCAGGGUAUCUUUACUGGGGUCUCCCUUCUGACUUCUGGGUUAUUUAAGGUGAAUCUGCUGUGCUAUGUCUGGAGUCCCACCCAAAGCCAGCCCCUCCCCAUGGGUAAGUAAUACAUCUCAAGAUAUAUGGUUCCAGAACUUAAUAGGAGGCUGUACCACACUGAGGAGGCCCAUUCCAGCCCAGCCAGGAUGUUUUGGAGAAGGGCAGAGUUUAGUCAAAUUAGAGGGGAAUCUAGUUUUAGACUCUGAGAGCCACCCUUGGAGCCUUGCCUUUGGGGCUACCUGGGGGUGGGCAAUAUGAGGGGGUUUGAUCCUUUCUGCUCAAGGAGAAAGAACCCUUAUCCCCCAGGCUUCUCAAGGGUAAGGAAUCUAUUCUUCUCCCUCCGUGUUUGUUCUAUGUGCAAGGAUGAACAUGGAUGUCAGAAGGCCCCAGGUUCCCCCUGUUGUAACCUGGGUGACCCCUCCCCCAGGCAUCUAACAGCCCCUGAGGCAUCUCUUGGUAGCAAAGACCCAGGUGUCAGCCAGUACUGGGGGCACCUCCAGAAGGAAAAAAAAAGCAGAAGGGGCAGUGACUUACUCAAGCACACACCAUGAACUCACGACACAGCUGGAACCAGAUCCAGAUUAUCUGACUCUGAAUUUACUUUUUUUUUCACCUCUGAGUCUGAGUCGUCUCUCCCUAGUCCACAGGGAUGGUGGGGAACCAAUGAGACAGAAUCCUGGUUUUCUGAAUAAAAGGUCUGAA